AAGGCGUGGAGGCGGGACCGGAGAUGGGGGCGGUGAGAGAAGUUUGCUGACUAAGAUGGCGACUGAGGCGCAGAGUGUAGGGGAGGUGCCAGCCCGUGAUUCCCGCCCGAGUGAUGCCAUCUGUAAUUUUGUUAUCUGCAAUGACUCUUCCCUUCGAGGGCAGCCCAUUAUCUUCAAUCCUGACUUUUUUGUGGAAAAACUCCGACAUGAGAAACCUGAGGUGUUCACCGAGUUGGUGGUCAGCAAUAUCACAAGGCUCAUUGACUUACCUGGAACUGAGUUGGCUCAGCUGAUGGGGGAAGUGGACCUUAAAUUGCCUGGUGGGGCUGGCCCGGCGUCGGGAUUCUUCCGGUCUCUAAUGUCACUCAAGCGAAAGGAAAAAGGAGUGGUAUUUGGAUCCCCAUUGACGGAGGAAGGCAUUGCCCAGAUAUACCAACUGAUUGAGUAUCUACACAAAAACUUGAGAGUAGAGGGUUUGUUUAGAGUACCAGGGAAUAGUGUCCGGCAGCAGAUUUUAAGAGAUGCUCUCAAUAAUGGAACUGAUAUUGACUUGGAAUCGGGGGAGUUUCAUUCAAAUGACGUUGCUACCUUGCUGAAGAUGUUUCUGGGAGAGUUACCUGAGCCCCUGCUGACUCAUAAACAUUUCCAUGCACACCUCAAAAUUGCUGAUUUGAUGCAGUUUGAUGAUAAAGGAAACAAGACCAACGUUCCAGAUAAGGAGCGGCAGAUUGAGGCUCUCCAGUUGCUCUUCCUCAUUCUCCCUCCACCCAAUCGUAACUUGCUGAAGUUAUUGCUUGAUCUCCUGUACCAGACAGCAAAGAAACAAGACAAGAAUAAGAUGUCUGCCUAUAACCUUGCCCUUAUGUUUGCACCCCAUGUCCUGUGGCCGAAAAAUGUCACUGCAAAUGACCUUCAAGAGAAUAUCACAAAGUUAAACAAUGGGAUGGCUUUUAUGAUUAAACACUCCCAGAAACUUUUUAAGGCUCCUGUUUAUAUUCGGGAAUGUGCCAGAUUGCACUAUUUGGGCUCCAGAACUCAAGCAUCAAAGGAUGAUCUUGAUCUGAUAGCUUCAUGUCCUACUAAGUCCUUCCAACGGGCAAAAUCUCAGAAACGGAACUGGGUAGAUUCCUGCUCUCACCAGGAGGAGACCCAGCAGCGUACAGAAGAGGCACUGAGAGAGUUGUUCCAACAUGUUCACAAUAUGCCAGAGUCAGCGAAGAAGAAACAACUUAUUAGACAGUUUAAUAAGCAAUCUGUGACCCAAACGCCAGGGCGAGAAUCUUCUCCUCGGGUACAGAAAAGAGCCCGUUCACGUUCCUUCAGUGGCCUUAUUAAGCGGAAGGUCCUGGGAAAUCAGAUGAUGUCAGAAAAGAAAAACAAGUACCCUACUCCGGAAUCUGUAGCCAUUGGUGAAUUGAAGAGAGCCAGCAAAGAAAAUAUGAACUUAUUAUUUUCUGGCUCUCCAGCUGUCACGAUGACACCAACAAGAUUGAAAUGGUCUGAGGGGAAGAAAGAGGGGAAAAAAGGAUUCCUCUGAAGGAUCCAGAGUGCUCCUGUUGUCCACCUGGAACUUUCUCUUUAGUGAGCCAGGCAUCAUUACUGCUCACAGAGAAGCUUGGACUUGCAGCUUGCUGCGUUUUGUAUUGUGAAAGUCAACUAAUCCUAUGACCUGACUGAUACCUCUAACCCCACUCACUGGAUAAUGUCUGCAGACUCUUCUGAAUGGGUGCUGGCAUCUCUCUCUUUCUCUCUCUCUGAAAACAUUAUGGGGAAACCACUAACCAGCCAGCCAGCUCACACAGCACAGUAAAUGGGCAGAACCAGGUGGGCUCUAGUGCUCAUUCCAUGUAUUUGUUUAAGCAGAUAUUAUUUUUAAAAAUAUGAAAGUUGUGCUCAACUACCAGUGAUUUUUUUUUUUUUUUAAGUACUGUCAGUCCUGGUGGAUUGAUAUUAUUUUUAACUGAUACUUGGGGCUUUUCUCUGUUUUGAUAGUAUGGGCGGUAUUUUGGUUAUUUCUUGUUUAUCUGUUGUUUGUUUUUUUUAAAGCCAUUUUUUGGAUAGGUCAUCUAAAUUGUGUCUAAGACAGAUGUCUUUCCCUUUUUUUUCACUGUAAGCUUUGGGAAAGCUCUUUAUCUCAUGAGGCCAUAUUCCUCAAUACCAUUUGUGUGCAAAGAACUACAGCUUUCCUGGAAAUACAAAAAUUAUUUCUUGGACCUGAGAUUGCAGGGUAUUUGACCAGCGUUAUUGAAAAAGGAGAAUUCAGGAUGAGAGCAUAUUUUCACAAAUGUCAGUUAUUAAACUUUGUCCCUCCUCCCUCCCUUGCCUCUCUUCCCCUUUCCUCAGUGAUGCCAAAGUAAUUGUGUGGUUGCGGAACUCAUCUUCAUUCAGUCUCCCUUUGCCUAAAACACCUCUGGUACUUCUGUGCCAAAUCACUGUGACCCAAGGGAAGUCACCGGCGGCUCGAUAGAGAUUUGCUGAAAUAUCUGAAUGUACUGGAAACUCUGGGGUGGGCUAGGAUGGGGCCAGCUGGCUUUAUGUCCAGGGUGACUCCUUGUGGGUGGGAUUAUAUUGCAUCCUUCUAAGGGAUCAGGUAUGCAGGCUAGACUGUCUGCUGGGAGCAAGCUCGAGUCCCAGGGAGGAAGGGAGCAUCCCUCUCUGCAGGGCUGAGAGGAUUUGAAAGAGCACGUUCUCCUUUGGAAGCGGUUGUGGCUUAGCACCAGUGUUUGAGGAGGGUUGCCGCACCUCCCCUCUCCUUGUCAGGAUGGGCACAGGAGUCGUUUGGAGGUGGGGCUGGGGCUUUGACUGGGUUGGGGAUAUUCACGUGUGUUUGAGGUAAGCAGCGGCGUGGCUUUGAUCUGGUGUAAAUACUCACCUGCCUCGAGAGCACCCUGUGGCGGGCGAGAGCAUUUGGAGCGGGCCUGCUCUGUGGGGCUGUGUAGCCGCCCUCACCCUGUGCCAGAGCCGACUCAGGCUCUGUGGGGGAGCAGCUGCCCAGCAAAGUGGGACUUGCCGACCAUCUUUAAACUCUUGAAAAAGCUGCGUUUCUGCUGAAACGGAGGAUGACGCUGGGAGAGCACGGUUUGGUUUUGUGUCCAGCUGUCAGUCUCUCUUCCAUACUUCCUGUUUCAUUGGCUGCUGUAACAGCUAUAGUGAAGAGAAGUGUAAAACUCGGCCUUCCGACUCGAUGGAUUGUGAACAAUAGAUGGUGAGGAGUGUAAGCCUCUUAGAGGCUCCUUUGUCUAGAGCAUUCUUAAAAAUACUUGUUAGCAAAUUUAUUCAUGUAGCUUUUUUUUUUUUUUUUUUUUUUUUUUUUUUUUUUUUUUUUUUA